UAACAUCAACUGCUUUGGUGAUAAUAAGCGCAACUUAUAUAUAACAUACCAAUCUGACAUACCACAAUUAUCAAUACAACAUACGUGUCUGCGUUCGACUUCUGCAGGCAGUUGGAAAAUUAACGCACUGCGGCAAGGUUCCUGGUGUAUGGCAUACUACGAGUUUGAGAGUUUUCAAGCAGUAAAUCUGUGCUGUAAACGCGAUUCAGUAAAAGGCUUAACAGCGUUCAGAUUACCGUCAGCCGGACCCGUAUUUGUUUAUAUAGAUCUGUGAUCCGAAAUGGAGAGCGUCAGUUUCAGAGAUCCCAGCGAAGUCGAGGAAAUCGGUCAUAAGUUGCAGUAUCGUUACACCGGUGCCGACAUAAUUGGACAAGGAGCAUUCGGAAUUGUUUAUUUAGCCAGAAUUACCGAAGCUGGUGAUUAUUUGGGGCCAGCGUUCUUAGCUGUCAAAGUGAUAAAAUUCGAAGCUGCUGCUGCCAAAAAAAUUGGGGAAAAUCCGUGAACAGCUUAAGACAACUUUUUCUAUUGAAGCACGAGACCUGGUGGUUUAUCAUAGGGUAUCUAUCACCAAAGCUGGUGGGUGGACGAGCGUUGAACUAUCAAUGGACUACCACCAUAAAGGUGACCUUGCCUCCAUUUUAAAGGAUGUCCAAAAAGCCAAAAGGCUCUUAAACAGCAUCGCAAACAUAAUCAGAUUAAUAAAAGAUGUUGCCCUAGGACUGUCAUUUCUGCACAGGAAAGAAAUAAUAAACGGCGAUUUAAAACCCGGAAAUAUUCUUCGAAGUAUUUCCCGAACUGGCAGCGAGAAACUGGUGAUUGGAGAUUUAGAUGAUUUGGUGCAAAUGAACGAAAGCGCAACUUGCUCUGCAGAUAUUUCCCAGUUACGUGGCACAACACGCUACAUGUCACCGGAGAUGAUAAAAAAAUUUGUCGUGUCAGGAACAGAGUCGCCAGGACGGAAAACGGACAUGUGGAGCCUCGGUUGUAUAAUUCUGGAGAUGGCCGAAGCCUUCACAUGGGUAAGUAAUAAGCAACUGGAGAAGGAUGGAGAUGUUGUUGACGCUGGAGGUAAACUGACCAAUUAUCAGUACGCCACCCUGAUCAUCGACGGAUACGUUCCAGUGGUGAACGACAGGAUUAAUGAGAAAUUAGCGGACAUCAUCCGAAAGAGUUUGAACACAGAUAGUCGAAGCCGAUUAUCCGCUAGUGAAUUACUGCAUGAACUUCAAAAGAAAAGCGUCAUAGUAUUUCUCGCAGGUGGUCGCUUUAUGAGAGGAUUCAAUUCCAAACAGUGUUUGAUAUUCGAUCCAUCAACGGAUUCUAUAGACGCUCCAGAAGUGCUUCAUGCGCCAGUGUACUUGCAAGGAUUCGGGAAGCUUGACUAUCAACCGCUAAUCACCACAAUCGGAGGAACCAUUUUAUUUACAGAAAAGGUAACUGACCAUGACGGGAUCAACGUGAAUUUCCAUUUCUGGAACGUGGCCCAAGGACAUUGGUGGCGUUGGUGGGGACGUGAGCCAGCUCAUCCUUUAAAUAUGCAUCCGGAUACAAGUCUGGUGGCAAUAGGUGACAAUAUUUAUUUUUGGAACUCAGACGAAAUGUUUACGGAAAUAAACAUUUCUGACGGCAGUGCGACUACCCUGAAAAAUAUUCCUCGAAGUGCUUAUCCACCUGGACAAGCGGUAGCAAAAUGCGGUGAGCGGAUAUUUUGCGCAGCGGAGAACAUGUUGUAUCAGUAUGACACGGUGACUAAAAAAUGGAAAUGCUUACCAGAGCUGCCAAACCGGCGCAUGAAGUUUGCGAUGGCUAUUGUCAGUAGUAGAAGGUACAAGGUGGUACACAGGCACUAUAUUUUCUGUAUACGGGAUAGCCUGGUAUACAGGAAGUACAAUUCCUGUAUACGGGACAGUUUACGCCACUUUGAAAAGGUUAUCAAAGGUUAAUGCAUACCGAUUACUGUAUGUACUUUAAUUUUGCACGGUCUGUAUUCCAUUAUUAUUUGCACUGCUCAGUCACGCGGUAUCGUAAGAUGACGAAAAACCCAGUUUUUUCUUAAACAAAGUUAACAAAUUUAGCGAAAAAAAUGGAAGGAAGAUAAAGACAGGGUUAGCAGAACGAGCUAUUGAUUCAUAUAUAUAUAUAUACGUAAACGUAUGAAGCAAACAAAAGCAACACUUUUUACGAAGCAAAAUAAGGUGUUAUACAAUCAAAGAAUUUUCCAUCCAGUUAAUUCAGUUACGCUUUUUACGCAAACGCAUACGUUGUACACGGAACCGCUUCGGGAUGUAGUCCUCUGGAGCAGUACUGUCAAAAUCUGGUCCCCACUUUUUGUGCUCCACCUUA